CUUGUUGUCGCACUAUUUCUGUAUUCUCAUUAUUCCGUCAGUAUAUCAUUUGCUUGUGCAGCAUCUCAUCCGUGUCUUUAGUAUAAUUGUCGACGAACUGUCAGCAUUAAAUAAAGUGAUAUUUUUGGCAAAUUUUGUCUAUAUAGAAAUUUUAAACAUUAACUAAAUUCGUUCUGUUAUCGAAUAUUUUUUGUUUGUUUCGUUUAAAUCACAUAACGGAUUUAUAUGCAUAAAUUUUGUGUGUUGCCUGUGAACUGCAAAGUAUUAUGUCUGAUGCGACUACAGUUAUAAGCCAAGACACAAGGUUAUAUUUCGAUUUUAAUGAGUAUUUAUUGGUGAAUGUCACCAAUUAUUCGAGGUUAUUAAAAGUUGUGUUAGCCUGGAAUUUUACGAAGAUCAAUGGUGUUAUGGUGACGACGACAAUUUCACAGAUUUCAAUUUUUAUUUUAAUAAACAAAUGAUUUCAUCCAAUGAGUUCAAUAUCAGUGGAAAUAUCUCAACAAAUAGUUUUGCUAGCGAUGAUUUCGGCGAUAGUAUUUUAGAAGAAAAUGGGAGAAUAUCCCUGGCUUAUGAAAAUUUACGAACAAUACCCCAACGAAUCGCUGUGAAAUUUGCUACGCACACAAAAUUUCUGGACCUUAGUUGUAACCAGUUUCAAAAUUUAUCGUUUUUAUCAUUCUUCAAUGAGUUGGAUACUCUAAUAUUAGAUCAUAAUUGUAAUUUGGAUUCUAGUACGCUACCGUUUUUGCCCAAUUUAAAAAUUUUAUGGAUUAAUAACUGUAAUAUUUAUAAUCUGGACGAGUGGAUGGAACGGAUACAAUCUCAUUGUCCAUUAUUGGAACAUCUUUCUGUAAUGGGUAAUCCGGUGGCCAACAAGGACAUAGUACACACAAUAACAUCAACACCCAAAGAAUUGUCUUCGGCAACCAGUUCUAAAGCCGACUACCGUGAAUAUAUCCUUAAUGCUAUGCCCUUUUUGAAGAGCCUGGAUGGAAUCGAGAGAAGCAACAAUUUAUCGACACAGAAAGAAAUUGACUACACAUUCAGCAGCAGCUAUGGUAAUAGUCAAUCCACUUCUUCUAACUCAAACAACUUAUUUCCUAAAGAUGAGAGAAGCCAACAAAUGUUUCAAAUUUUUAAUUUAAAGAAAUUAUUUCAACUUAGUGGAAGAAGAAAAAAAAUACCAUCAUCUACCAUUUAGUACACAUACAUACAUAUAAAACUUAAGGAAGAUCAUGUGUAAGGUUUCCAUAACUUUAUUUAAUUUCUCGAAUUAGUCAAUAUUACUGUAUACACGCACUAACGAACCAUAUAGUAGAUGUAUUUAGUUUUUGUAUACUAUCUUAAAAUCAUACAAAUUUAAACAAAAUAUUCUUAAGUAUUAAGUUAUUUAAUUUUAGUAAACAUAAAUUUCAUACAAUGUUUAUAAUGAAGCAUAAUACAAUUAAAAAGCAUAAAAUAUUUUAGUGGACCAAUGUCCAUGUCAGUGAUAUAGUGGUUGCAUGUAGAGUCUGACUGCGUUGGAAAUUGAAAAAAAACUCACAUUUUUAAUUAACCACCAUUGGCGAAUCGGCGAAUUUCACUCAAAAUUGGGAGAUCUGAGACCGUCGUUCGAAAUUUGUCAAA